AUGUCCGCGGUAGAGGCAACACCGUUCAUCCGCACCAUCGAGUGGGACAUGAUGGACAAGACCAAGUUCUUCCCACUCAGCAUGCUGUCCUCGUUCUCGGUCAGGUGUUGCCUGUACCCGUUGACGGUGAUCAAGACCCGCCUCCAGGUGCAAAGGCAAAAUCACAUGUACAACGGUAUGAUAGACGCAUGUAGGAAGAUUUACAAAGUGGAGGGCGUUUCAGGCCUCUAUAGAGGUUUCUGGAUCAGUUCCAUUCAGAUCGUCUCCGGUGUAUUUUACGUCUCGACGUACGAGGGUGUGCGUCACUUGCUGCCUGUUGGCCGCGAGUCGAAAAUCAAAGCGUUGAUCGCCGGCGGUGCUGCCAGUCUGGUUGGUCAGACGAUUGUCGUCCCGUUUGACGUUCUCAGUCAACAUCUCAUGGUUCUCGGAAUCAACACCGCCAAGCAUGGCAGAGUAUACGUCGACAAAAUGGGAAUGAAUCCGCUGGGUUUGACUCUCGAGUCCGGGAGGACUCGCGCCCAGAUUUCUGCCGAUAUAAUAAAGACGAUUUAUCGGAACGAUGGCUACCGCGGCUUCUACAGGGGAUACGUGGCGUCUCUGUGCGCUUACGUGCCUAACAGCGCGCUUUGGUGGGGACUGUACACUGUUUAUCAAGACGAGCUUAUAAAGCUGCUUCCGGCAUGGUUCUCGCACCUCUGCAUACAAGCCAUGGCGGGCACGUUGGGCGGCUUCACGACCACGAUCAUCACGAAUCCGCUGGACAUCGUGAGAGCACGGUUGCAGGUGCAACGAUUGGAUAGCAUGUUCAGCGCGUUCAGAAUACUGUGGAUCGAAGAGGGACUGCACAUGUUCACUAAGGGACUAUCCGCGCGGCUCGUGCAGUCCGCGUGCUUCAGUUUCUCGAUAAUCCUGGGAUACGAGACUAUCAAGCGAGUGAGCAUAACCGAGGAAUACAAGAGCUACGUUCGAUGGUGAAGUUCUCCGGAAUCACCGCGUCGCGAAUUAAUCGGUAUUUUCUACCACGCGCUCGUCCGAUACACGUGACUUCUUCAACACGCACCAAAGAGGCAGCAAAUAGCACAUUAUUAUUAUUAUUAUUAUUAUUGUUAGUGACGAGGAAUCCCAUAAAGGAAGUCAUAUCUUCCUUAAAAUCACUUGCUUCAGCCAUACAGGUGCCGUCAGGUUACGUCACGUAUAUAGCGAAGUUCGUAUCGAAGUUACCUCCCAUUGCGUACAAAACAGGAAAUAAAAAUGCCGCAAUUUUAUCGAAACGGUUAUCCGUUUUAACGUCAUUAACGUGACUCGUCUACGCGCCGCGAAAUACGCGAUUCGGCGAAAUUCGUGUCGAUCACGUAGGAUGAGAAAUUUUUACACACUGUACAUACGCGAACGAUUCUCCAGAUCUGACGGGGUUGCGGAUCUGUGGGACAGUGACAACCAGGAGGGGCGCGAGUAUUCACAUAAGAGUGUCGCGAGACACAUUUUGUAUGCUCUGGCGUUGCGUGUGUGUGUCACAUGGAGUACAAACUUUGUAACAUGUGCUAGAUAUGUUACUGUGAUACAUGCCCGAUUCGCAUUUUAAAGAUGGUCCGUAUGCCAGGCAUUUGUCGAGUGAUACUACCGUACGUGAUCUCACAAAGUUGAACAGGUGACGUAACAACGCAGCGAUGUCAAGUAAUGGACACUUACAUGUGCGUGUACAUUGGGUUGGUGCAAAAGAAGAAGGGUAUUUGUCGUAUUAAUCACGUUAUAGAAAGAUGUGAUCCUAAAAGUAUAUCUUAAAACUAGGUUUCAUAUAAUCGCCAUUGGUUUCGAUAUACUUUUUCCAUCUAAAAACAAGUUUCCAUAUGCUAGAUUUUCAGAACGCUGAGUUUUUCGGAUUUGUAAACUUCAUCAUGCUGGUGAAAAGCGACAAACUCUUGGCGCCAACUUGAUAUCAAUGUACCUACCGGCCGUCUUGAAAAUACGAAUAGAGUACAAUACCUAAAGUAAGCAGUAAGUAUUAGCUCACUGAUUCGUCGGAGGAGAAUACGGAUUUAGGAAAUGUACAGAUUUAAGGAAUGUAAUUGUUUAACGCGCUGCCGACCUGCUCGAGAGGAUCCCCCAUUUCACGAAGCAUCCAGAAGCUGAACGCUGAACGACCAAUGAACCCGCAAUAACACUCCUAGUGUUUCUGAAGAAGAAAUACGAGAAGCUUUAACAUAAAUGACUUUGUCUUCAAAUUUCAUGCUGUUAAUUCUUGCAUUCUCGCAGAACUUGCGGAGGUUUAGAUCAAGGUGUUUGUUAUCGCGCGUGUCCCGCAUGGAGCGGUAUCCAAACGUAGCUCGGACGGUUAGCAGAGCGUUAAUAUUCCCAGGUAAUACUGUGUAUAUAAAUGUAUAUGUGGAAACAAACUCGAAAUCCCCGAUCUCCCCGCGAGGACGCUAAUAAAUUUGAUUAGCCACACCA